AUCACACCUCAAGCCUCAAACAGCAAUGAAUUCACGUUAGAGUCAAAUGAUCAAUCUCCCCUUCUUGGAAACUAUAUUCCCAGUGAAAAUGACCCCCAAUCUGGUGUUAGCCACGGAAGUGCUAGUUAUUUUUCUUGUGCGGUUAAUCUUGCAAAUACUAUUCUCGGCACUGGCAUGCUGGCAAUGCCAGCUGCUAUAGCUUCUGCUGGUCUCAUAGCGGGCAGUUUUAUGAUUUUCUUUGCCGCUUUCACUUCCGGCCUUGGGUUGUUUUUCCUAUCACGUUCUGCGGCUCGUACCAAGGGGCGCAAUUCUUCAUUUUUUGCCGUGUCAAAAUUAACCUAUCCUAAAGCUGCUUU